AAGAAAUCAUUAAACAACUCAAGUGGAAAAGCAAAACAAGCAAUUAUGACUUAAUAUAUGUAGUACAAAUUAGAGUACAAGAUUAUGUGUAAGGAAAAUGGGAACCAUCCCAGAAAAAACAGUUGUACACUUUGUACUUUUCCUUAAUCUCUUCGUAGUACUACGACUUUUAUUUAUAAUAAUUCCACAACCGAAAAAAACCCAGUCUUUCCUUCUUCAUGGGCGGCUUCUUCAACCAAUUUAGACCAGAGACCUCUGUAUCCAGCUCCCGACACGACACCGUUCUACUGCUACUUCUCCGAUCAAAUAAUGUCGCUGCUCCGGCUUUUCUUCGUCGUCCUCGCCGUCUUGGAAUGCCGGCGACUUCAACUCGUGACGUCCCAUGAAGAAUCCGGCGACUGGCACUGCGAGCCCGACUCCGAAUCACGAGUUGUUGCCGAAUUCAAGCCCGGAGUCGUCACACUCGACGGGCACGCCGAUGAUUGGGAAGAUGUUUACGGGUUUGAUUUCCCGCUCCUCCCUGCGCUCGACCCGGAUCAAGAUAAGGCCUACAAUGGCGGGAAGAUGACCGUUAAGGCUCUGCAUGAUGGGAAGGAUGUGUUCUUCUUGAUGCAAGUAGAUGGUGAUUAUGUGUACUCGAAAGGAAAUAAUAAUGGAUGCCCUUCUGUAGCAUUGAUGUUCCAAGUUGGUGACAGUGCUACCUAUCACGAUAUGGGCGGGUGUAAAGAAUCUCCAGGUACAUGCAAUAGAACGAGUUGCCGUGGAUAUGAAGUAGACAUCAUGCACUUCUCCCUUGGAAAUGCUGUGCCUGGUCGGUUGUACGGUGGGAAUCCGAUAGACAACCAGGAGGGUAAUGGAGGAGACAGGUUCGGCCAUUUAGUUGAUUUGUAUGCUUGGAAUCCACACUGCAGGAACCUUGAUGGGAUUAGUUCUUCAGGAAAUGACACUGCACAGAAUGAUUGGAGAGGGUCAUGGUGGCACAGCAGUUUUACCACCCAUUCAGGUUUUGUGGCAGAAGAUAGUCCCUAUACAUCAUCUAAACAGAAGGGUACAUAUUUCUUUGAAUUUUCCAGGCCUCUAAGAACCAUGGAUCGUCUUCAGCAGGAUGUACAAUUCACUAUUGGUCAAUCAAGCAAAUUUUCUGCUGCAUUUUGGUACCCAACUGAUGGACAUCCAUGGCAUGGAUCGGGACAUUAUUCCAUCAGCUGUGACUGGGUAUCCUUGGAUGUGGCGCCAGGCUCCUCCUCAUCACCAGUUAAAGGGACAUCAGGAAGUGCUUGGGGUGCAGCCAGUGGGUUCGCUCUCCUCUUUUCCUUUGUUGCUUUUUGUAUUUCAGUAUUCGUUGGGUACCGGGUUGCUGAUAACAAAUCUAUUGCCUUCACACCCAUGGAUCGGCUUUAGAUGUUACCCCGAGAUGUACCGUCAAAUUUUGUUAUCUGUUAUUGUUCGGGUUUGUAUCCGUUUUUCUGAGUAGUUUACAGCCAGUAAUAGUGUAGAACAUGUAGUUCAUUAUAGUCAAAAUCUUGUCCAUUUGUAAUUUCCCACCAUUUUUAUAUAGAAAGAUUUGAUGCAAUUUUGGAUCCUGGAUUUUCGCUUUGUACAGACUCAUUCAUUCUUUGGUUUUGAACUAGGGUGAGUGUAACAUUUUGUAAAUGGUGUGUUUCUUUUCGUGUUAAAUAAGCAGACGUACUAGCCAUGGAUUUGGCACUGUUCAGUUUC